AUGGGUAAAUACCGACUGAUUGAGAAGUUGGGAGAAGGUGGUUAUGGGACUGUUUGGAAGGCCAUUAACAAAUGGACUGAUGAAGUAGUGGCGAUCAAAAGAUUGCAAAAGAAAAAGAAUGACAGGUUUUAUGAAUCCCUCUUCAAGGAAGAAGAGAAGUCUCUACGUGCACUUCAACACCCCAAUAUUGUAUCACUGCGGGACACCUACAAGGAAGGAGGGCACCUCCAUAUAGUACUAGAAUACAUGGAUUCUGAUCUAUGGAGAAUCAUUAAGAAUAGAAAAGAACCCUCCUUGAGUAGAACAGUUCAGAGACUCUGUUUUAAGAUUUUGAAAGCUCUGGAAUACAUGCAUGGACUUGGGUAUUGCCACCGUGAUCUCAAGCCUGAAAAUCUCUUGCUGAAGGGAAACAACAUCAAAAUUUCAGACUUUGGGCUUGCUAUUAACUUGAAGGAGAAAAUGGAAAAGAACGAGCCCUUGGAUCCAAAUGUUGCAACCAUAGCCUAUAAAGCGCCUGAACUUCUGCUCAAAUCAUCAUCCUAUGAUUUCGCCAUUGAUAUGUGGUCACUUGGAGUCAUAAUAGCUCAGUUCUAUGGUCUUGAACCCAUUUUUGGAAGUAGAAGUGACUGGAGAAAUCAGAUUUAUAACAUAUGCUCUGUGAUUGGAUGCCCCAAUGAAAAGACAUGGCCUGAGGGAUUGAAGUUAGCAGAGUCAUUGGACUACCAGUUUCCAAAAGAGUUUGAUGGGGAGAAUUGUAGGAAGAAUUUGCGUAGAUUGAUGUUGACUGCGAGUGAGGAAGUGAUUGAUCUUGUAAAGCAUUUGUGCUCGUGGGAUCCCAAACGUAGACCCACUGUAAAACAAGCACUCAACCACCCUUUUUUCCAAUCGUGUAAUAAUACUAUGAAUCCAAAGUUUUUUGGGUAUCAGACGAAUAGUGUGCUAUCGCGGAAUGUGGUAUUUUAUGGCUCCGAAGUUUUUAACAGUGAGAAAGAAGAAAUAAGCAUUCAGGGAUGUGUGGGUAGAAUUUCAAGAAAUUCUAAAGAAAUGGGUUCGGCUAGGAUUUCCACAGAAAAAGGUUCAGGUGGUGCUGACUGGGCAGAUCUACUAAUGUGGCAGGUGACUGGACCUGCUGGUGAUGUGGCAGGCCGGGCGGAGGUGGCCCUCGGGCCAGGCGGAGGUGUUGCUGGGGCGGAGCGGCGCAACGGUUGGGCGGAGGUGGCAUGGCCUAGCAGAGCAGAGAGCAGCCGGGUGGAGGUGGUGCGGCCUGGUGGAAGUGGCGCUAGAGCGGAGGUGGUGCGCCGGAGCCCGGAGCUGGGGAAGUUGCCGGAGUAG